AUGGACUUCACCCCAGUCAACGAAUAUGGUCCAAGGUUGUGUCAACGUUGUAAUGUCCAAUUUGAUGUGUCAGUGACUUUUGAAUAUAUUCGUGGCAAAGACGGUUCAGGUCGAGCAUGCUGUCCUCCCUGUGCAAAACAUUAUAUUGAUCGCAAAGCUGCGGAGCUGGCGCAAAACAAUGCUGUGCAUGGUAUGGGUAAUAACCAGCACUCAGGCAUAGGUAAGAAUUUCAACUUCGCUUCCUAUAUGGGAGCAUCGAGGGAGGCCCUCGUUAAAGCUACGUCAGCGGCACAACGGGGCGAACGAUUGUUUCCAAGCCAGCGCUUCAGUUCUGAGUCACCACAGAUGCUCGGCAAUCCAGGACAAAUGCUUCCACCUCCUGCUCCAGUUUCGUCCUAUAACUCACUAGGUCAUUCAAAUGGCUAUACAGCCAACCAUCAAUUCCACCACCAACACCGUAGCAAGAUGCUUCGUGCAGCAUCAUCCAGUCGUGUCCAAAUCGUCACAAUCCGAGCUGCCCUUCAUCACUUAAAGCCAGAAGGCAAGUCAGGCACUUUGCUCGUUGGGAUGCAUAAAUCACCCAUGAUGCUUCUCUUUGACCCGAGGCAGCCAUUGUAUGAUCCUGAUGCAGUGGUACUUCAUGAUUUCUUCCUUCGCUCUACGACCAAAGAUUUGGUCCCAAAAUUCUAUGCCAGCACAAAGGUUGCUAUUCUUCUCAUUAUGACGCACGCACAGUAUGAAAGUGUCCAACUCUGGAGGGAGCAAAUUGAUGAGUUGCGCCGCGAUGAUGCCACUGAGAUGAAGGACAUACAGACAAAUUUGCACACACUGGCAUCACCACCUGGGCCUGUCUAUGCAACUGAUGAGGCAAGCAACACUACGCACUCUGAGUUACCAAAUGAUCAUAGUACUACUUACCAAACACAGGGCAUUGAGAUUAAUGACUCAGAGCAGGAUCCAGAACAGUCUACCACCUCUCAAUCUCUGUUGUCAAUGUCGAUGUCGGCGGUAGAGACACAUCUCCCCAGUCGCAUCAGUAGCCUGUUACCUGCAACUCCACGGCUUUUCCUACCCAGUCAACGACAACUUGAGGCUGCCAUGAAAGCUCAGGGAAGCAUCCGAAAACAAGCUUCAGCUGUUUUGUACCAAAUUCGCUCCGUCAAGUUUCAAGACAUUAUCACAACUCCACUCGACGUCAUGUCCUCCCCUUUCGACCUUGUCUCAAUCUCCAUAGACUCCGAUGCAAAGUCAAUGAUAGGUACUGCCGGAAGCUUCAAAACAUGCCAUCCAGCUCUUUUGCAUACUACUACUUCAUUGAGCGCUACACCUGGGCCAUCAACUUCGCAAUCUUCCAUUUUCACAGCAACGCAUGUCGUAGCCAAGCGUGUCUUUUUCCGAAAACGUGACGGGAACUCCAAGCGUCAAAGGUUUUCCAAAGAAGAUGAACUUGGGAGGACGCUCGAUGAGGCCAACUGCCUAUACUGGGCUACCUGUUUGAUGUCCCUCGUCUAUAUUUUUGUUGACGAAAUGCUUCAGACGCAGACUGUAAAGCAGACCGUUGCAAACGAGGUCCCUCGCCUCCGACUCGUCUAUGCUGCAGUUGCUAUCCCUGAAGACGUUUCGGACUGCGCUGGAGCAGCAUACCUAUUAGAAGAAAGAAUCGAGGGCAAGUUUAUCAAGUAUAUUAACAACAAUUCCGCAGCUCCUGCUCAUCAUCUACAGGGCGAAGAGGAAAAAAUAGGGUUGUUUCUAUGCUUCGCCCAGCAUGUACAAUAUCAGCUCACAAAUGAAGUCGUGUAUCUGUCUGAUUUCCAAGGUUCUGGAGACCUCCUUACCGACUGCCAAGUUAUGACAGGACCAUUCAUUGUAUUUCCUUCUGACUACAUGAGUAACUUCGGUGAAGGAAAUUGCACCGAGGCAUUUCGCGCAUUCAAAACGACUCAUAAAUGCAAUGUCUUUUGUCAAGCAUUUGGUUUGCAGCCCUUCAUCAUAGCCAAGCAAGGUUCAUACAAUUUCCUAUUUAUUCAUCGGUUACUGAUAUCUCGCUGCAGACUAGGCUCCAGGCAGCAUGAUAUUUGUAUAUAUACCACGAUUUUGCACGUGUAUCCUUGA